AUGGCAUCAACAAACGAAUUAUCAACUGAACCACUCGACAAUUCAACUAUAUGUGCAGAUCAACUUAUCAGUGAAUUGCUGGAUGGUCGUUUAGGUCGCAUUAUCUGGGGAAUUCUUCAAAUAGUUCUUACAGUUGUUGGAGAUAUAGGAAAUAUUCUAACGUUAGUAGUACUUAAUCAGCGUUUGAUGCGGAAAGGUGGUGUUAAUAAUCUACUUCAAGGUCUUGCAAUCAGUGACAUCGUUGCGCCAACUUUUGCGUGCAUUCCACAUCUAUUCUAUUAUUAUGGACCUCGAGAAAACGAUAGUUUGAUAAAUUUCAUUAAUUUAUAUGUAACACCUAUUGCCACAGGUGCAACCUUUUGUUCAAAUUGGAUUGUUGUGACCAUAACAAGUUUUCGUUUGCUGAUUGUGCUCAAACCGCUCUAUUCACAGGUUUAUUGUUCCAUUCGGAAUGAAAAGAAAGUGUUAAUUAUUAUUGGUCUAUGUAGCAUUCUUUCCAUAACACCUUAUUAUUAUUAUCAUCGAAAUCCGAAUGCGAUGAAUGUCCUACGCGUCAUAUCAGCUGUUCUCUCGUUGUUAUGUCCGUGGGUUGUAUGUGUAAUUCUCUGGAUCUUACUUCUUCGUAUUGUCAAUCGAGAGAUUGGUACGAAGAGAUCGAAUGAGUUUACUCUGCAUCCAAAUAUUACUGCUCAACGUUUGAAAUCGAAAUCACGAAUAACUAAGAUGAUCUUAAUCAUCUGUUUUUUUAAUAUCAUUUGCCAAUUACCGGUCUUGAUCUUAACUGUAUUGAGUCUUUUGAACGAAAAUCCAUGUACUUAUGCACCAGCUAUCACCUUCGUUUGUCUACUUUUUCUAUCUAAUAUCUUAUUAAUCGUCAAUCACUCAAUCAAUUUCAUCAUUUAUUCCUUGACAAAUACUAAAUUUCGUUGUGCAUUGAAAAUCAUGUGCCGACGUCUCUGUUCAUUCUAUCAUCACCGACUUAUUCACCAACAAAUCACUAUUUCCACGAAAUACGACAAAGUGCAGAACAAAAUCGAACGUUAUCCUCGAUCGAACUCAAACAGUUUCGAAAAUCCACGUUUGAUUAUAUCCAUGCGAUCGAUCAAUUCCACAAAAUAUAAUAUGAACAAAACGACACAUUUGCUUGUAUAG